AUCAGUGGUUUGUUUAUGUGUUCAUUGCCUUCAUUCUAAUUUGAAUACAUGUUAAUAGAUAUGUAAACAAACCACUGAUAGCUGUCAAAAGGUGAACUUGAUUCAUCGACAGUUCAUUCGAGUGGUCAACGUGCAAAACCUAAUUAGGUUUUUUACCGUCACAGCUAACCUCAAUCGGAUGAACACAUUUUGACAGUUCAGCAGUACUGUUUGUAAACAGAGAUUUUUUUUGUUUGUUUAUUGACAAAUUGGAUCAGACCAUUCACGGUUCGUAUCGCUCAAAUAAAGUUUCAAAACAUUUGUUCACGAUUGAAUACGGUUUGUUUUUGAAAUUUAUUAAAAAAGUGACUAGUUGCAAAGUGUAAAGAUGAUUGUUUUAGAUGUGCUCUUCGAUUUUUGUUUAAGCUUGUUUGUAAACAGUACCGCUGAACUGUCAAGGAUGAAUAAUUGUUCAUUUGUGUCGUCACGAUAAAAAACCUAAUUAGGUUUUGCACGAUGACGACACAAAUGAACUGCCGAUGAAUCAAGUUCAUCUUUGACAGUUGCCGUGUUUGUUUUGUUUUGCAACUGUAAAUCGAAAAAUGACGAAAAAGGGCUUGUUAAAAACGUGUUUCACAGUGAAAAGAACUAAAAAUAUUGCCCUGUAUGUGUUUCCAGCAUCAAGGAGCGAUAUUUGUAUAAAUCUGUUUAGUGUAAGGCGACUUGCAUUUUUUCAAUUCAAACGAUGAACCUCUGAUGAACUUUUAAACUGUAAAAAAAUACAUGUCAACUGUCAAAAAAAGUACAUUUUGUAAGGUUAUGACAUGUUCGUGCAAAACCCAAUUAGAUUUUUUAUCGUGACGUCACAAAUGAACAAAAAUACAUCCUUCACAGUACAGCGGUACUGUACUUACAAACAAGCUUAAACAAAAUCGAGGAACAUAUCUCAAACAAUCAUCUUUACACUUCACAACUAGCCACUUUUAUUUGAAAAAUCUUUGAAACGAACCGUAUCGAAUCGUUAACAAAUGUUUUUAAACUCUAUUUAGGCGAUAUGGACCGUAAACGGUCUCAUCCAUUUGUCAACAAACAAACAGAAAAAAAGGCUGUUUACAAACAGUACCGCUGAACUGUCAAAAUGUGUUCAUCCGAUUGAGGUUAGCAGUGACAAACGAAUGAGACUGUUCGCGGUCCAUAUCGCCUAAAUAGAGUUCGUUUCAGAGAUUUAUUUAAAAAAAAUUGGCUAGUUGUGAAGUGUAAAGAUGAUUGUUUGAGAUGUGUUCCUCGAUUUUGUUUAAGCUUGUUUGUAAAUAGUACCGCUGAACUGUCAGGGAUGAAUUCUUGUUCAUUGGUGACGUCACGAUAAAAAAUUUAAUUGCCGAUGAAUCAAGUUCACCUUUGACAGCUGCCGGUGAUUUGUUUUGUUAUACGACUACAAAUUAAAAAUUGAAAAAGGGCCAAAUUAAAGCGUGUUCCACAGAAAAAAGAACUAAAAAGAAUGUCCUGCAUGCGUUUCCAGUAUCAAUGAACGAUAUUUGUAUAAAUCUGUUUAGUGUGAGGCGACUUGCAAUUUUUAUAAUCCAAACGAUGAACCUCCGAUGAGCUUUUAAACUGUAAACAAACCACCGGCGGCUGUCAUGUCUGUUCAUUUUGUGAGGUUAUGUCAUAUUCGUGUAAUUGGAAAUGUAAACCAACCAUCGGUGCAUGAUAAACAUGAACUUUAUUCAUUAUGAGUGCAUUUGUGAUGUUUGUCUGUUUUAAAACCUUAUUAGAUUGAACAUGUAAACAAACCACUGAUAGCUCUCAAUGACGUUAAUUAAUUUCUAAAACAAAUUGGGUACUACGGAAACAUUUUUUAAUAUUCUACGUUUCGUUUUUGUCUUGUCAGUGCGGAGCAGUUCAUUUGUUAUUGCUAGAGCAUACUUAGAAGUUCAAAUUAAACCGAUAAGCGCACAUAAUUUAGGUGUCAAACUUUUCGCUUGGUUAGUGUUUGCAUUAAAUUGUUAACUCUGCACCGGAGAGUCGAAGACGAUACGUAAACAUAUUAUUUGAUGUUUAUUCAUCUAAUUUGGUGAGGUUAGAUAUCUAUCGAAGCAGAGUUCAUUUGUAAAUGGGAACGAAUGUAUUUAGAAUAGAAUCUAAAGGAUGUCACCUCACCAGGCAGUUCGGCAGUUACGAAAAUUAUGCUAAAAUCGAGAAUUACGCUGGACUUACGAAAAUUUUACAGAAAAAUUAUUCUUUUGCAUGAAUAUUAUUUGUCGGUUGGUUUCACUAUGAUAUUUCAAUAUACACGGAUUCAAAUGGCAACCUUAUAACUCAUACGAGUUAUUCUUGAAACUGAAGAACAUUGAUAUUCGCUAUAUGUGUUGUCUGACAAUAGAUUUGAAAAGUUGAUGUUACAAAUCGGAGCCUAAAAUUGUCACUCAUUCUGAAUAAAAGAAUCCAAUCCAACUGUCUCUAAUAGGUUUUUAGACUUUCUCAUAUAGAAAGGCUAUGCAAACGACUUUUUUUUACCGAGGCCCGAAGUGCCGAUUGUCAUAUACCAUUCGGCUCAGCUCGAUGAACUUAACAAAUGUUUGUGUGUGUAUGCAUGUGUGUGUAACAAAAAUGUGCACUCGAUUUUCCCGGAGAUGGCUGAACGAAUUAUCACAAACUUAGAUUCAAAUGAAAGGUCUCUUGAUCCCAUAGGAUCGAACUUCUGGUUCGGGAGUAACGGGGUGAAAUGUGCGUGAAAUGAAGAAAAAGUGCACUCGGUUUUCUCAGAGACCAUUCAACCGAUUUUCUUCACUUUAGAUUUAAAUUAAAGGCCUUAUUUCUUGUCAUUUUUGUCUAUUUUGAGGCAAUAAGAAUGACUUUGAUGGGCACUGUUACGAAUGAAUCAUGAAUAAAGUUCAUGUUAAACAGCAGAGCAACUCUCGAAAUGGGUAACAUUGUACUUCGGAAACUGUGAUUUUUACAAAAAAAAUGAAAAACCUGUUUUAAUACACCUAGUGGUGUAAUGAUGCCUUUCUCAUAUCAAUCAUACUAUCAUAUAUCGUACUGUGGUAUUCUUCAAACUAUUUUCUUCGAUUCUUGAAAGAACAACCGAAAUCGGAUUGUUUGACCGUCUACUGAUCAAAAUUAUCAAUUGGAGAAGAUUUGAGGUCGAUUUAGACAUUUUUUUUACGAUUUUUCGCCCUUUUUCAGUGAUGGUAUAAUGUUUUUAAUACACUUUACCCUAUAUCUCCGGAUCCGGAUCCGGAUGAAAUUCAGGAAUAACGUAUGGGACCGCAGAACCUUUCAUUUGAACUUAAGUUUGUGAAAAUCGGUCGUGCCAUCUAUGAGUAAAAUUAGAAAACAUAUUUUCAUAUUUUUGUACAUUUUACCCCAUAACUCCGGAACUGGAAGUCAGAUUUAAAUGAAAUUCAAGAAUUUUAUAUGGGACCACUAGACCUUUCAUUUGAAACUAAGUUUUUAAAAUCGGUUCAGCCAUCUCCGAGAAAAGUUAGUGCAAAAAAACGUUACAUACACACACAUACACACACAGACAUUUUGCGUAAUCGACGAACUGAGUCGAAUUGUAUAUGACACUCGGUCCUCCGGGCCUCGGUUCAAAAGUCGGUUUUCACAGUGAUUGCAUAACCUUUCUAUAUGAGAAAGGCAAAAAGUGAUAAGAAAACAACGCAAAAUUUUGACAGCUCUGUUACACACACGGAUGCAGUGUGUACAGAAAUAUUCACAUACGAAAUAAACAUAUGUACAAGCCACGGUCGAGUUUGUUGAGGCUUCCAAUCUUAACUUCAAUUUUAUGGAAUUCCAUAUAUUCCACAGUUCACGGAUUAUGGUGAUUUACGGAACAUUCGAAAAAAGCUGCGCGACAAACAGACAAAACAGUUCCUGAGUUGAGUUUUCUUGCUAAAAAUCUCUACAAGAGCUGAUGCCCAGAAACUACGCCAAUACAUUCACACUUUGAUUAGACUCACGAUAGUACAUGAACAGGUGGCGAGAUUUUUCUAUAUGUGAGUUCGGUUGUCAUUUUUUUAAACAAAAAUAUAUGGAAAAGAAAAGUGUAAACAUUGAGCGUUUCGGGAUCAUCCGUCAAAUCACGUUCGGUUGCUACGUUUUGUUUCGAUGUUUAUUUGCGUCGAUCUCGGCGCCAUACUUAAUUUCGUAUAACGCCAUCAAUGUUAAUUCUACAUCGUGGAUUAUACCUUUCCGCUACCUUUAAAAAAUAAACAGUACAUUCGUUCUAGAAAUCUACUUACACAAUAGCAUCAUUAAAACUGUAAAACUGUAUCUCGAGAAUGAUUUGCAUGAUAUUUUUGUAUUUCGUUUUUGAAUUUUCGCUCUGCGACAGCGUAGAAAAUGGUAUAUCUUCUAUUUGGAACAAUAGCUGUUUUCCAAAGAUGGUAGACAAAUAUUUUCGUGUUUUGUUUCAUCAAAAUGAUUUGAUAUAACUAAUACUUUAAAACAUUGUUUGCUGUAAUUGCAGUCAUGAGCAAUAAAUGCCAAAGCGUUAAUUAAUUAUAUCGUAAUUACUAGAAGUUUAAAACAAUUCUAUCAUUAAUUUCUGUAUAGGCUCAAUGAAAGGUUUAGCAAAGAGGUUUAUUAUGUACUAAUUUUUCAGUGAUGUUAUUACAGUUGACAGUUGUUGAAACUUCUGAAACUGUACGUCUGUUUAACGGCUCAAACGGAACAACAGAGUUUUGCAUUAAGCAGAUCAAUUUUACCUGCUAUGCACUGAUGAGUCGAAGACGAAACGUAAACAUAUGAAAACCGAUUAUGUGCCCAAUUUGGCUAACCCCUGAAUGGUCAGUUAACAGUUUUUGAUGAAUGUACUGAAACUUCAGCUCGACAAACCUCAACCAAUUUUUGUUAAGACUCGGUAAUAAUUAUUUAGUGUGUAAGCUUAAGCUUUUAGGUAGAAAUCCAUCUUCUGGUCAAAAACAAAAUUCUAACUCUCUGUGAGAAAACUCUGUGAAAGAUGUUCGUCUUACACGUACUUCAUAAUAUUAUUGAUAUUGUCGAUCAUUCAAGUAUUUUUGUGUAAUUCUAAUUCCCUAAUUUAUGAUUGUUACAAUAUCUUAAACUUCUUUUUAAAUGUUUGAAAGUUUUCCAAAUAUUGAUGCAUUGCUAUCAAUGGUAUUUCAAGCAAUUGUUAUUCCCUAUUUAAUCAAAUCUAUAUCAAAUUCGAAAGCUGUCAGCAUUUUAGAGAGUUUUGUUGUUUGAGUUGAAAUUCAAAAAAUCUCUGAAGCCAUUACCGUUAAAAAUUUUUUUCUCAUUUGAACGAAUUGAUGUCUUUUGAAACCGUAAAAAACUACUACUACUACAAUAUCAUAUAAAGUUUAAGUUCUUUGAAAUCGAUGUGCUAUGAAACUGACAUUGUGUCAAACCCUUAUAAUGAUCUCAUUGAUGCUUUCAACAUCUCUUCAUAUUUAUCAUCAAACUGUGAGAUUCCUUCCGGUAGUAAUUAUUCCAUCUAUCAUCCGUCAUAAAGCAAACAGUAGACGCAUACACAUAGAAAUGUGCGAUCGGCCAUCCGAAGAACACGGAAACAAAGCGGCAUUAAAUCAAAACCAUCAUUCUUAUGAUGUCAACAAAUUCCGAACGCAAAAGUCACCCAACGCCGGUGGCUCGCCAUGUCAGCUCGAACAAUCAUAGCAGAUCCUUGGAAUUGCCUUCGGCGACGUCACCAAGCAACCACCGCCGCCAGUGUUCGACGGCGAUCGCUAGCAUGGAAGGUGUAAGAUCACUUGCACGAAACAAACACAUCUACCGAGAUGACGGUGAUGAUGAUGAUCGUGAGUUCGAUGACGGCGGCUGCGAUCACAAGUGGCAGCCUGGACGUCAUACCGGCGGUGCAGCUGGAAGCCAAGACAGUAGUGUGCAGCUGCUCGGCUUGGACGACGGUGGUGUUCGCGAUUGUGUGCAAACCGGUGACUGUUGGUGUCCUAAUAACAUCUACGAGAAUGUGGCAAAUGCGACAUUGAAACGGCUGGAGUUCGCUAGUGAUUACGGAAAACUGAGAAAGUGCGAGGAAAAUAUCUACGAGAAUAUUUGUGAAGACUGCGGUCGAUUGUACAGUGCGGAGAAAUGUGCUUUCUGUUCGGUGGAAGACGAAAUCGAAGUGGAUCGUGUGAAAAAGUACAGCAAAUACAGUGCCAAAUUUCAUGAAUUUUUCGGAAAUUUUCGAAUUAAACCCGUCAAGUUCGGGGGAAGCGGUGGUGGUGCCACGAUCCAAGGCAAACGAAAACUGUGCAAAAGUGAUAUCGUGCAUAAUGUGGAUGGUUUUGAGGAUGUGUUUCGAACCAAUAAAUCGUUCGACCUUGGCGAGAUCUGUCGGAUGCGGGAUGAUAACCGAUCGGAGACGAUCGGGGAUGUGAAUAAGGAUCGGGAAAACCAACAAACCGGAGUGGAUCGAGUGUCCCGGCCCAAAAGCGUUGAUCAGUUGGCACUGGAGGAGAACAAUUCGAACAAAUCGUCCGUCGUCAGUCACGCGAUAGCAGCGGUAAUUGCGGCCACGGAGGAGAAAGCACGGCAAAAAGUGAGAAGUGCCAGUGAAAACUUGAUCGAUUUUUCCUCGGGACAAAAAAGUGAGAGUAUUUAUGAAAAUUUGGUGCCUGUCAGUGAUCGGUGCCGGUUGGUCAACGAUUUGAGUGCAACUGAUGCGAUAAGUCUACUACCCCCAGCUUUACCAGUGCCACCGUGUCCACCACCAAAACUACAAGCGCCACCACCACCACCAGUCAGUGAGUGGAUGAGAUCACUGCUGUUCGAAGCGGCAGAUUAUUCUGACGACUGUGAGGUGACUUAUCACGUGAAAAGCAUUCCGUCCGUUACGUUCAAUGAUGUGAGUGUAGGUUGGAGUGGUUUUGCCGGGAGGUCUCACGAUUCGGUGAACGAUAGUGACCCGCGUGAUCUGCGCUAUCGGAUCGAAGAAUUUUGUCGGAACGUUAAGAACAAUCAGUUGGAUCAGCAGUGCAAGUUGCAACCGGAUGAAACAAUUGCAGACCCAGUCGUGAUAACCUUUGGUUCUGCGGUGUUCGAAGACACUGAAACGUUGCAGGAACAAAGCCGUGAUUCGGUGGCUGCGGGAGAUAAAUCCGAGUUCGUUUCGGGUCUGUUGAAUAUUUUCGAUUCCGUUCUGAAAGGCCAGAAAGAAGACACCGAACAAAAUGCUGCCACUGAUACGAAUGGCCAUGCCAAUGACGUGAUAAGGCUAUAUCGAGCGCAGGUAAAUGAGUGCGAUAGUGCGGCAGCGGCGGCGGCGGCAGUUGUUGUGAGCUCCUAUCGGUUAUCGCAGCGCAAACAGCGCUCGGCAAGAGUCAAUUUAAAUUGGUUACUGGUGCGAAACCAUUUGCUGGAUGUUAGUUUGUGUCGGGUUGUGAUUUCGUACGAACGUCGAUUGAAAGUGUUCUUGCUAGUUGACCAAAUCGGCAGGCUUUUACCGAACCUGGGCACGGUGCUGAACCGGCACAAGACCUAUCUCAGAAUCAUGGGUGACAGUUGUUACAGUUCGCACAGCCCGUUGCGGGAAACGGUCGAAAUUGAUCGUUACUUUCGGUUUCUGGAAAGCAACGAAACCGUGAUUAAUUUUGCGACAGCCAAAAGGCGCCGGCGUCGCCGAGGUGAACCCCUCAUAACUGCCGAUCUUCAAAGUAAUUCGUCCAAUGAAAUUAGCUGUAGCAGUACGACCAGUGGAGUACAUUCCGACUGUGGAAUGCCAGCGGAGGAACACAUCUAUCAGCCGAUUUGGGCUUGCAAAACCGAAGGCUCCGAGCCUGUUUAUGAAUCUCCUCGGGAACACAUCUACGACUAUAUCAAACUACAGUCGGUACGGGAUGAGCACGAGUGGAAGGUGGUGGAUGAUUUUGCCUUUUCGAAGAAUAAUCGGCGGACGGCGGCGCUUGUUAGUCACCGGUCGCCGCCACCGGUCCCGAAUCGUAACGUACGUCAUCCCCUUGAUCGGUACCGGAAUGUGUGCGUACUCUACAAUCCGUCAGAACCCAGUUGCAACCGAAUCGUGUACGAUUACCGGCGUGAUUAUAUCUUCGAUUAUCGCAACAGAGGUGACGAAUCGACGGACUCCGGUGCGUCAUCGUCCGGGGAAGAAGAUGUGGAGGACGAUGACCUGGAAUUUUGCAAUAGCUAUUCGGAAUCGGAUGCCGAUGAUGAGGAGGAAAAAACGGUGGCACAGGGAAUCUAUCGGAGUGACAUUCCCAGUAAACACAGCUGCUACUCGAUACCGGAUUGCGUCCAGUAUUGGAAGUUUAUGUUGCUGAAUGUGAACUACAAUGAUGACGAGGAGGAUGUGAUUAUGACUGAGAAAACACUAUCGGUAAUAGCAGAAAACGUCGAUACUAGCCAAUUACCUCCCGAAGGAAACAGUAGCCCUAAAGUAGUUCCCCAAACACCUCCAUCGCCGUCGAUAACGAAUCACUCGCACGGUCCUAAGUUCACCGGUACCCUGAAAAGCACAUCGCAGAUUCCCAUCUCGGUAGAGCUCAGCGGUGUGUACAAACCAAAGAGCAUCGAAAAUCUGGUGGAUGUCAGCUCUCAGGUAAAGGAAAAAUCACCAACCCCGGGUAAGCGGGAACGAAUCCGGAAUAAUUUGAAAAAUGUUCUGCCACUCAACUUCUCGUGGCACUCGGAAGAUGAUCUGGUUUUCGGAAUCGAGUUGCACCAGGUUGAGCUGGAUGAGAGACAACAGGUGCCUCGGUUUAUCGUGGAAGUGGUGGACAUUCUGGAGAAAACCGAAUGCCUCGAAACCAGUGGCCUGUACCGAGCGUCCGGUAACAAAAACUCCAUCGAAAACAUCAAGAAGAAACUGAACGAAAAGCGGUCACUGAAAAAGUACGAGUUCCUCAAGAAACAGGACGUUCACUCGUUGACCGGAUCCUUAAAGCUAUUCAUUCGGGAACUGAAAUCACCGUUGAUACCGAAGGACGUUUACGAGCAGUGUGUUCAGAAAACCAAAGAUGAAGCCGAAACCAUUGAAAAUAUCAAAUUAGGAUUAGACCGAAUGGAAGUUAUCAAUAGAAAUACACUAAGGUACCUUAUUCAGCACUUGAAAUGUGUCCAUGAGCACAGCCAUGUGAACAUGAUGAACUCGUCUAACCUGGCCAUCGUGUGGGGAGCGUGUCUUUUUGCUUCCACGCUGGGAUUGAUGGAGAGUUACGAGAACAACGACUUAGGGAGAAUCAACACGCUUGUGAAGCAGUUGAUUGAUCAUUAUAGUAAGAUUUUCAACAGUGAUAAGUAAAGGACCAUUAGUCAACUGACGCACUCUUUUUCCGAUUAGUUUUUGCUCUAUAUAUAAUAAUAAUUUCACCAUAGUUUAAGACGUUGUUAUAGUUUUAUAUUGUUAUACAGAAAAUAUUCAGAACGGAAACUCGUUUUCACAACCUCA